UGAUGGUGUAGUCAGUCAAGUUACUACUUUCCUGCUACGCAGUCAUGGACCGCAUUUACUUUAAAGUGAAUGGUGUCGAGAGAUCGGUGGGAUGCGAGGUGAGCUCGGACCUGACGCUGGUGGACUACCUGCGGGACUGGCUGGAGCUGCGCGGCACCAAGUACAUGUGUCGCGAGGGCGGCUGCGGCGCCUGCAUCGUCGCCGCCUCCAAGUGCCCCGGCGCUCCUGUACAAGCUGUUAACUCGUGCCUGGUAUCGGUGACGUCAUGUCAGGGCUGGGAGAUCACGACAAUAGAAGAAGUUGGCAACAGGAAAAAAGGGUAUCACGAGUUGCAGAAGACUUUAGCCGAUAGCAAUGGGAGCCAGUGUGGGUACUGCAGCCCCGCAUGGGUGAUGGCUAUGUACAGCCUCAUCCAAGAAAAGAAGGACAUAACAAUGUUGGAAAUAGAACAGUCUUUCGGGAGCAAUGUUUGUCGAUGCACAGGCUACAGACCUAUACUAGAAGCGCUCAAGAAAUUUGCAAUAGAUGCUCCGAAGGAUAAAAAAAUUACUGAUAUCGAAUAUUUGAAUAUAUGUAAUAGAACUGGACAGCAUUGCUUCAAGGCCACCUGUAAUGAAAAUGAGUGGUGCAUGAUAUCAGCUGAUGAUGUAAAACCUCCACACAUUUUAAAGAUUAAACUGAAGGAUGGUAAAAACUGGUACAGAGUGUGUCAAGUAAAUGAUAUUUUCAAUAUUCUCAAUAAAAUCGGUUAUGAGUCCUACAUGUUGGUGUCUGGAAAUACGGCUAAAGGAGCAUACCCAAUACUCGCAUAUCCCCAGCAUCUGAUAGACAUCAGCGCUGUUGAAGAAUUAAAAACUUAUAAAAUAGAUCAAAACCUGAUCAUCGGAGCUGGACUGACUUUGACUGAAUUGAGAGAUAAAUUUGAUAUUACUUCCAAAGAAAACUAUUUCGGAUAUCUAAAAACAUUAAGCAAGCAUCUCAAAUUAGUAGCACAUAUUCCCGUCAGAAAUUUGGGAUCAAUUGGGGGUAAUCUGAUGAUAAAGCACGCACAUAACCAAUUUUCCUCGGAUUUGUUUCUUUUGUUUACAACUGCUGGCGCACAAAUUGUUAUAUUGACAUCGAAAGGGGUGAAGAGAACUCUGAACAUGGAACAGUUUUUAAAAGAAGAUAUGAAAGGGAAGGUCAUAUUGCAAGUGAUGUUGCCGCCGUUAAGCAGUGAUUACCAUAUUGUCACUUAUAAGGUGAUGCCUCGCUCACAAAGCGCACACGCAAUAGUAAACGCUGGAUUUAUGUACAAACUAGAUGGAGGAGGUACAAUUAAGCAGUGCAGGAUUGUCUACGGCGGAUUGUCACCGGUUUUCAUCAAAGCCUCAUCAACUAAAUCAUAUUUAAUUGGAAAGAAUCUCUUUACCAAUGAAACAUUGCAAGGUGCUUUGAAUGUUUUGGAACACGAGAUAGUGGUGACGAACAGUCCACCAGAGCCCUCCGUGGAGUACAGAAAACAGCUGGCUUUAGGCUUGUUUUAUAAAAGUGUUCUGUCUCUAUGCCCAACAAACAUACUCGGAUCUCAGUACCGAUCCGGGGCGACCAAGAUUCACGAAACACGACCGGUGUCAGAAUCUCGGCAAGUGUUUGACACUAAUACUGAUUUGUGGCCUCUAAACCAACCGAUACCUAAGGUCGAUGCAUUGGUACAAUGUGCUGGGGAAGCGAAGUAUGUAGAUGAUAUUCCAACCAUAACCGAUGAAGUACACGCAGCGUUAGUUCUCAGCACCGUCGCUGUAGGAGAUAUUGUGGACAUAGAUGCAAGUGCCGCUCUAGAAAUGCCAGGAGUAAUUGCAUUUUACUCUGCAAAAGAUAUACCUGGACAGAACACAUUCACGCCAACUGGGUUUACAUUGUAUUUGGCUGAUGAGGAAAUAUUUUGCAGCGGAAAAGUCAAAUAUUACAACCAACCAAUUGGCAUGAUCGUUGCUGAAACCCCAUCCAUUGCAAAACGAGCUGCAAAACUAGUCCAGGCUACUUAUAGGAAUGUCAAAAAGCCAAUUCUUGAUAUAAAAGAUGCUAAAAAAGACUCUAAAAGAAACACUUCAUAUUUGUCCGUUCAAGCUGCAACCAAAGGGUCUGAUAUAAAGAAAGUGAUCAAAGGAGAAAAUGUAAUUUACGCACAAUACCAUUACAUGAUGGAAACGCUGGCAUGCGUAACGACACCGACAGAGGAAGGACUGGCUCUGUACCUGACAACGCAUUGGAUCGAUGGCACUCAGAUGGUUUUAUCAAGAGCAUUGAACUUAAAAUGCAAUAAGAUAGAUAUUCACGUGCGGCGUCUAGGAGGAUCAUUUGGCUUCAAAAUAUCUCGAAGCAUGCUCAUUGCUGUUGCGAGCAGCUUAGCCACGUUGAAGCUGAACAAACCGUGUCGGCUAAUACAACCUAUGACUAGCAAUAUGAGGGCUCUAGGCAAGAGAUUCCCAUGCUCUACAGACUUUCAGGUUGCAGUGAAUAACGAUGGAGUUAUCCAAUACAUGGACUACUUCCUCUAUGAAGACAAUGGGCAUAUAAUCAACGAGAAACUUUCGCUACUUGGUGCCGAAUCGUAUAACAACUGCUACGACAGCUCAAAAUGGAAUGUCGAUUGUUACGACACCAUCACCGAUACUGCGAAAACCACAUGGUGCAGAGCACCAGGUACACUAGAAAAUAUUGCAAUGAUCGAACAGGUCAUGGAACAAAUUUCUUACGAGAUGAACUUAGAUCCGCUGGAAGUUAGAUUAGCAAACUUGGAUACAGUCAACUACGGUGACUUAAAAGAAAUGGCUACAACUCUGACUACAACUGCCGACUACAGUCAGCGAAAAGUGGCCGUCAAAAGAAUUCAAUUCUCAAAACAGAUGGAAGAAACGUGGUCUAGGAAUAACUAUGAUGAGAUGGACUCCCUUUGGAUACCCAUAUUUUGACGUCACUGUUUCAGUUUUCCACGAGGAUGGAAGUGUGGUAAUCAUUCAUGGUGGUAUAGAUAUGGGCCAAGGUCUGAAUACUAAAGCUGUGCAAAUUUGCGCUUACAUACUCAAAAUUCCUAUAGA